AUGCGAGAACUCAAUGAAAUCCAAACUUAUAUUGAUGAUGAAGAUUUUCAUGAUGUGACUGAAAUGGCUUUAGAAGUUCAAAAUUCAUCAUCAACUGAUUACCUAAACGUCACAAAAGAUAAGGAAAAUUGUGUCACAAAUGAGUCAGAUUCCGGAAUAAUUUUUGAUCCAUCAGAAGAGGAGAAAGAUUGUAGUGAAUUCAGUAUUAACACAAAAAUAACAAGUAAUAAAAAUUUGUUGAUGGCAAGAGAGGUUGAGAAUGGCCUUACAGAUAGUGGAAUCGAUAGCAUAACAAAAUUCUCAUCAACUCGCGAUGAUUUUGAUUCAAAACAAAACCUCACAAGAUGUUCAUUGAAAUCGUCAUCAGUUUUGACUGUAGCAGUGCCGUUACGUGAUCCCGUGCUUCGAACAACCUCAAAAAUGCGCAGUAAACGUUAUAGCUUACCUGAUAUUGACAAAUUGAAAUCAUACAAUGAUUCAAAAAGUUCACAAUGUACCAAAAAGCCACCGAUCAAUCGUAAAACCACAGUAUGUGAUAUGAAAUUAGAUAGUAAGGAGACUCAAUUGCCAAUUCCUUUGGUACCCACAGAGGCUAAAGCUUUAAAUGACUUGCAAAAGCAAGAAAAAAUCGACAAUUUUACUAUAGAUCCAAAGUUGAUAAAUAAGUUUGACGGACUCUCACAAUCCCUGUAUUAUAUUGAUGAGAAUGGUAGUCCAAAGAUACGCGAGAGGUAUAUUAAGCAGCAGAGAAUGAUGAUUGAAAAACAGGAACAAAGAAAGCGUGAAAAAGCGGCAAGAAAAAGCUUGGAAUCUGACUCUGCGACGUGCUCAUGCUUUAAUUUUAGUCGAUUAUCGAAGAAACUCAAAGAAUUAUGUAAAGAUGGAUCUAAAGUAACCACAGUUGUGGCGACACCCGGACAAGGUCCAGAUAGGCCUCAAGAAGUUUCAUACUCUGACACCAAAGUCAUCGGAAAUGGAAGCUUCGGUGUCGUCUUCCAGGCCAAACUGUGUGACACUGGCGAAUUAGUUGCCAUUAAAAAAGUUUUACAGGACAAGAGAUUCAAGAAUCGCGAACUACAAAUUAUGAGACGCUUGGAGCAUUGUAAUAUCGUUAAAUUAAAGUACUUUUUCUACUCAAGUGGUGAAAAGAAGGACGAAGUCUAUUUAAAUUUAGUGCUCGAAUAUAUUCCAGAGACCGUCUAUAAAGUGGCACGUCAAUAUGCAAAGAAUAAACAAACGAUACCAAUUAACUUUAUCAGACUUUAUAUGUACCAAUUGUUCCGAAGUCUCGCAUAUAUUCACUCGUUGGGCAUUUGUCAUCGUGACAUAAAACCGCAAAAUUUACUAUUGGAUCCCGAAACGGCUGUGCUGAAAUUAUGUGACUUUGGCAGUGCAAAACAAUUGCUGCAAGGCGAACCAAAUGUUUCAUACAUUUGUUCGCGCUAUUAUCGGGCGCCUGAAUUAAUAUUCGGUGCUAUAAAUUACACGACAAAAAUAGACGUUUGGAGCGCUGGUUGCGUGUUAGCUGAAUUACUACUUGGUCAACCAAUUUUCCCUGGCGACUCAGGUGUGGAUCAAUUGGUUGAGAUCAUCAAAGUAUUGGGGACACCGACGAGGGAUCAGAUUAAAGAAAUGAAUCCCAAUUAUACUGAAUUCAAAUUCCCGCAAAUUAAGAGCCAUCCUUGGCAAAAGGUGUUCCGAGUACGCACACCACCAGAGGCAAUUGCUUUAGUGUCACGUUUAUUGGAAUAUACGCCUGGCGCGAGAAUAACACCAUUACAAGCUUGUGCUCAUCCAUUCUUUAAUGAGCUCAGAGAGGGUAACAAGACAUUGCCCAAUGGACGUGAAUUUCCACCAUUGUUUAAUUUUACUGAACAGGAAUUAGCAAUACAACCAUCACUAAAUGCUAGCUUAAUGCCACGCAAUCCAAAUGAUGCAUCAACCGGUGGACAAUCAUCAAGUGGUGAUCAGCAACAACAGGUGACUCAACCAACAGACAUAACAGUUGCUGCCGCAGCUGACUCAACCGUAAAAUCGGAUCAAGUGUCAGCAUCGUCAAUGGGUUAG